AUGGCUCCCGUGGGUGCGGCACUUAUAACAGGGGAGGCCGGGCCAGCUCUGCCCCCCGGGGACCCGGAUUCGAAUCCCGGUUUAGCUCAGAGGGAGAAGGCUGUGGCCGCGACCCUGCGGCCUCUGUCCACCUCCCCCUGUUUUGAUAACUGGACAGAUUCAGGACAAGGCACCCCGUCCCACCCGCCCACUCGAGAAGGGGCACCCUCCAUCAUGCCCCUGCCAGCCAGCGGCACGCCCCCGGAGGUCAGUGGGGCCCGGCGGCCAGCGCCCUCCACCCUCUGCAUCUCCCUCCUGAGCUGGAGGAAAACGCUGAGGCAGAGGAUGUGUGGGUCGCCCCUCGCCGUGCGGCAGGCCGUGGGGUCCGCGUCCAGAUCGAGGAGCGAACCUCUUGCUUCUCACCGCGCGCGGAGCAGCCAGACGGUGGGCGUGCCCCGGAUUGCGUCGGGAGCCUUUAGGGUCACUGAACCCCCGGGGAAGCGAGAGGACCACGUGCAGACAUUGCGGUUGGCAGCCAGAGCGCUGACGCAGCAGCGUGCCCACGGCCCCGGCGCUGGAAACAGCAGUCCCCGAGAGACGAGCUCGGGGCAGGGGCAGGGGCAGAGAGGGACAGGAAGGUCUGCUGGGGGCCGGCCACCUCGCUCUCUUGUUGAGGCCUCAAGAGGUGCCACCAGCCAGAGCACCCGGGGUCACCUGCAGCCCUCCCCGCCCUUCCCCCCACAGCCUCUGCACCCGCGUCCAGGCCCCCGAGUUCUCCCCUCGGGCCACUGCAGUCACCGUUCUGCCUGCCUCCCUGCUGUCCGCUUGGGGUAUGGCUUCAUCCUCAUGGUGGCAAGAUGGUUGCUGCACCUCCAGGCCCUGUAUCCCAAGCAGGAAGAAAACUGUGGCAGAUAUCAAAUGACAGGCCAGCACCCUGACUUUGUUGGCUUAGCGCUAUCACGGAGAAUCGCGGUGGAUCCAGUGGCCCGUGUGGAGGUCGGCUCUGUGUGCGUCCUGCACGAUGACCGCGGAGCAGGACGAGAGAGGGUGGAGACCAAGUGGAAGGGCUUCCCAGGGGACAAACCCAGAGGGAUACUCCAGGGGCUCCGAUUCGAGCAGAAGCGGCUCUUGGGCGAAAGGGACCUCGAAGUGCGCUGGCUCCACCCUCGACGCCACCCACACAGGCCCCGCCCACCGCUGGCCCGUGCGCUGGAGGACGGGGUGGGGGGCCGUGAGAAGGUGCAGGGUGUUUGGAAGGCGCUGCGGAGGGGCCCGCACCUGCACCCGCAGAGCGUGCUUGGACUCGCCCGCGGCCCGCCGGGUUCGUCAGAGCUGGGGGGUCCGCUGGGCCCCGGCACAACGCCCCGGAGCUCGGAAGGAGGGGACGGGGAAGAGGGCCGCUCUGCCGACGCCUGUGUGAUCGCUGAAUCAUAA